AUGAAAUACAGUGGAAUCACCGUGAUUUUACCGUUAAUCGCGGUGAUUUUACCGAAAAUCACGGUGGACGUGCACAGUGAAAUCACCGUGCAUUCACCGAAUGAUUUCCAUAUUUUUUUCUCCGUGUGCUUAGGUGGGCUAGGAAAACGUUGUGAGCUGGAUGAAGAUUGCGAUGAAAUAAUACACGCAAAAUGUUCUAAAGACGGCAAGUGUAUCUGCCGGAUGAAAACAGUAAAAACUGAUCCAUGGACCUGCGCACCAAUUUUGGGAGGAUUUUGUUGGAACAAUGAAACUUGUGCUGCUGAUAAUGCUGUUUGUGUUAACAGCGAAUGUAAAUGCAAGAAAGAUUAUUUUCAGCGGCCAAACAACCAAUGCGUACGCAAUGUUUUGGGUACUCAGUGUGAAAACGAUGAUGCAUGUAAUCUUGUAAAGUUUGCAAAAUGUUCUGAAUAUAAAAUAUGCACUUGUACAUCCAAUACUACUGCAAUAACUUCAAUUUAUUGCGCUCCAAUUUUUGGCGGAUUUUGUUGGGAAAAUGACGAGUGCGUGACACCUAAUUCAAUUUGUUUGAACAAUAAAUGUCAAUGCCACGGAAAAUAUAACCAAUAUACUAUUGAAAAAGGAUGUGUAUCAAUUUGUGGAAAUGAUGCGUGUUACGAGGGUAAGAUACUCGCUGAGAAUAAAAUUUCAAAUGCAAUAUGUACCGGAGUAAACGACUGCGUAUGUUUCCAACAAUAUCCAUUCGAAGAAGCUUAUCCGUGUACAUCAAAAGAUAAAAUUGUAUGUGAGACAGAUAACUUAUGUGUAGUCGAAAAUUCUAAGUGCAUUGAUAAUCAUUGCCAGUGCAAACCACAGUUUGAGUAUAGAUCCAAUCAAUGUCUACCUUUUGCUCAUUUAAAUGACUUUUGUUGGAUUAAUUAUGACUGCAGACAAAUAGAUCAUGCAAUAUGUUCGAAGGAUAAAAAAUGUAAAUGCGAUGAAAACUAUGCAGCUGUGAAUCAAACUUCAUGUAGACCAAUUUAUGGUGGAAUUUGUUCACAAAAUAAAGACUGCAGAAACAUUAAUGGAGUGUGCAUUGACUCUAAGUGUGGAUUCAUACCAUUUAUGGUUAACUUUUCAGAAUAUUUGUGUUUAGCACCUCAAUUAGGGAUACCAUGUAAGAGUAAUGAGGAUUGUAGAAAAAUAUUAAACAGUAUAUGCUCCGACAAUGGAAUAUGUGAGUGCAAAAUGAAUUUUGGAGAAUACAACAGCACCGCAUGCGCCUCACUUCUUGGAGAAUCAUGUUUUAAAAGUCAAUUGUGCGCCCCAGAUCAUUCCAAUUGUAAUAAUGAUAUAUGUCUGUGUGAUGAUGGAUUUUUAGAUUAUUCUAAAAAAAAAUGUAUACCUCACUACUUAAAUAUGUUCUGUGAAAAUGAUGAUAAAUGCAAGUAUAUAGCGAAUGCAAAGUGUCAGAAUGACACAAAAACUUGUACUUGCAAAAAUGGUCAUCAAAUGGUUAAUGAGACAGCUUGUGCGCCGCUUCUUGGAGAAUCAUGUUUUGAAAAUCAAUUGUGCGCCCCACUUCAUUCCAGUUGUAGAAAUGAUGAAUGUAAAUGUAACGAUGGAUUUAUAGAAUAUUCCAAAGAAAAAUGCUUACCUCACUACAUAAGGAUGUACUGUGAAGAUGAUGAUGAUUGCAAAUAUAUAGCAAAUUCUGAGUGUCGAUCUGACAUAAAUAUUUGUUCUUGUAAGAGUACCCAUAAAUUCUUCAAUGAGACAACUUGCGCACCCUUGUUGGGUGAACACUGCAAGCCCAAUGAACAAUGUGCUGUAAAGAAUUCUCAUUGUAUAGAUGAUGUGUGUGUAUGUCGACCAGCUCGUUCGAAUUUCAAUCGAAUAUUAUGUCGUGAAGAUAGUCAAUGUUCUAUCAUAAAAUAUGCCGUUUGUUCUGAUAACAAUUGUGAAUGUAAGCCGAAUUAUGUUCCUCUCAGCCAUGGUAAGUGUCUAGGUACUUUAGGCGAAUAUUGUGAUUCCGACGCUGAAUGUUAUUCUUAUAACACUGUUUGUCUCAAUAAUAUAUGCCAGUGUUCUGAUAAAUUUUACGCUUCUAACAAAACUCAUUGUGAUCCAAUUCAUCUGGGUUUAACGUGUCAAAAUAAUCAAGAUUGCUUAGUAGCGAUAAAAAAUUCAGAAUGUUCCACCAGGGAAAAUAUAUGUGUUUGCAGAAAUCAAUACUACCCUGUAAAUGAAUUCGAAUGUCUUCCUUCUUUGUAUGGAGAUUGCUUAAGCAAUGAUGACUGUCGAUUAAAUUCCACUAUAUGCAUAGACAACAAGUGCAAAUGCCAGGAUAAUUUCAGCCCUAUUUCAGAAACUCAAUGCAGACCAGAUAAUUAUUUCUAUACUUGUGAUCAAGUAUUAGAUUGCGGCGAUCCUUGGCAUUAUACUUGUAAUGGUGAUAAAAAAUGUCGUUGCAAAAACAAUCAUUUUUUAAUAAAUAAAUCAACGUGUUCACCGGGUUUGAAAGGUUAUUGCUGGAAUAACAGUCAAUGCACUACUCGUAAUUCUACCUGCGUUGAUUUUCAUUGUAAAUGCAAUGAUAAAUUUGUUGGUAUUUCUAACAAUUUAUGUUUACCAGGUAUCAUCAUUAUUGUUUUUUAUUUAUAG